AUGAUCCGGCUGGGCGGCUGGUGCGCGCGGCGGCCCCGCGGCUCGCCGGUGGCCGUGGGGCGGCGCCGGGCAUCGGGCGGCCGCGCUCUGCGGGUGCUGCUGGACAUGGACGGCGUCCUGGCCGACUUCGAGGGCGGUUUCCUGCGCAAGUAUCGCGCGCGCUUCCCCGAUCUGCCUUUCAUCGCGCUGGAGGACCGGCGCGGCUUCUGGGUGUCGGAGCAGUACGGCCGCCUGCGGCCCGGGCUGAGCGAGCAGGCCAUCAGCAUCUGGGAAUCCAAGGACUUCUUCUUUGACCUUGAGCCUCUGCCGGGGGCUGUGGAAGCUGUGAAACAGAUGGUCAACCUGCGAAACACCGACGUGUUCAUCUGUACGAGCCCCAUCAGGAUGUACAAAUACUGUCCCUAUGAGAAGUACGCCUGGGUGGAGAAGCACUUGGGCCCCGACUUCCUGGAGCAUAUUGUCUUGACCAGAGACAAGACGGUGGUGUCCGCCGACCUCCUUAUCGACGACCGGCCGGACAUCACAGGAGCUGAGCCUAACCCCAGCUGGGAACACGUGCUGUUCACCGCAUGCCACAACCGGCACCUGCAGCUGCAGCCACCGCGCCGCAGGCUCGACUCGUGGGCCGACGACUGGAAGGCGGUCCUGGACAGCAAGCGGCCCCGCUGA